AUGGCAGCCAGUCGAAUAAACCCCAAUCGCCCACUCAUCCGCCUCUCCCCCGUCCACUCUCGUGAUAACUCUCGUUCAACCUCGCCUCAGCGACGUACUCCUCUCUACCAGAAACUCGAUCCUCUCCUCAGCAAUCUCUCCCCUGAAUCGACCCUCCACGCUCUUACCUCUACCGACGCUGUACCCUCCAACGAGAAAGGCGCCCAUGACAUCCUCUCAGAGAGUAUUUCCCAGGUCUCACCUGCGGAGCGCGCUCUAGGGAUCCGUGCCGCUGUAGCCGCCCAGAACUUAAACCUCUGGCAUAAGGAGGUGCAGCUGUGGACCUGGCCGAGCCAGCAGGAUGCAAAGCUCGGAAAGGGCUUUAUGCCCCCACAGACAUCUUCUCAGUCCAGCGACCCUUCUUCUGUCGCGCCUCAGAACAACCUGGAUGACAAUUAUUAUGGAAGUUUGCCAGCCAGCCUCGUGGAGCGAUAUGAGAAGAGAAUAGAGGAGAUCCGCGAUGGAAUGGACGAUCUCAACGUGGAGGAACUGAAGGAACACGUUUUGAAUGCCCACAUUCCUUCUAGAUCUCGCCCCUCGUCUGCCGCGAGUUCCAUUUCUGCGCCUCCGCCGCUCAGCUAUGUGCAGCUCAGUGACUUUACGGCCGUCAUUACUGCCACUAUCCUCCGCGCUCUCCCUUUCCUUUCUCGACUCAAUGCUCUGCUCACUACCUGGGAUGUGCGCCUGCUUGUUCUACGCCAGAUUCCUGGUCUGCUGCGGGAGCUUACCAUGACCCGGUCCGCCCUUGAUUACUCCCUUGAUUCAAUGCGUUCCCCACAGUCUUCCUCUAGCCCCCGCCGAUACUCCGACGCGUCUUUGGUUACUGACCAUGUCAGAUUGGAGUCCGCGGUUGUCGCGGCUGGGCGACGGAUAGAUCGUGUUCUCGAUGCUUUGGAGGGUCGACCAGAUUCCUUACCUGAAAAUUGGAUUGAUGACCUAGAACGCCUUGAGUCUGACUUCGCUGCUUGGGUCGUUGAGACUGAAAAUUACAAGGUUCAUAACCAGUGGUUGCGUGCUCAGCAAGAUGCGAAGGCACAAGCUGCCGCCCAAGCUGAAUCCGAGAAGCAAUUGGAGGAAACACGGCGGGUUCCGGUUUCCAAUGAAGAUCUCUCAGAGCCAGUGCCUACUGGUGAAUCGAAACCCCUUGGAAUCAAGCAAGAGAGUGAAUGUGCCGUCGAAAGUCUCUCACACGAAACUCCUCUUGUCAUACUGCCAUCUGUAAACCGGACUGCCCUUGCAAUGGAUCAGCCAUCACCUCCGGCUUCUAUCCUUGAACAGUUCUCCGACCCAAAGGUCUCAAUAUCUCCCCCGGUAUGCGCAACAGCCGAGAAACAAGAAGUCCAUAUGGCUGUGACCGAAGACCUUACAACCCCAACUCAAGCCGAGUUUCCAUCGAGUAUCUUGUCACUCAAUGGACAACUAUCCGCAGGCCAGACACCUCGUGCGAAUGGGUCUGUUUCGGAGGACAAAGAGAACAUUCCUCCUUCUAUUCCGCAGACAGAUGGAUCUUGGUCAACCCAUCGGGAUGCACCCAUUGCAAACCGAUUGACUGAUCAUAAGGAUGUAUUUGAAGACCCCUUUUCGCGACCUUCUACAGCUGAAGCCAAGCCCCAACUCCCGACAGGCACCGCGUCCACCGAUAUCCCCCCCACUGAAGAUGCCAAUGUUUCUGUGGGCAGCGUUUUGCGAGCUGAGAUUGCACCUGCUCUUCCUCUUCUCCAGUCUGAUCCUGAAAACAGUCCCAAGUCUCAUCUCGUCGACCGAUCUGUGAAGCAGACUUCUCAAACGCCAGAGGAGAUUCAACACGAACGUCACAUGUCCACCAGUGUUUUCUCUCCGGACCUGCCUUCCGGUACAUCUCAUAUCCGAAUGCCUCGUGUUAGGUCUUCUGUCAAGGACUCCUCACAAAAGACUGUUGCUGUAGAAUCCGCCUCUCAUCCAAAUUCUGCAGGCUUUAAAUCCCAGAUUCCCAAUCCAGUGAAAAAACCAGACACUCCACGCACCGUCCGGAAACCGCUACAAAGUCCUAUCAAGCUCUCUAAAACCAGAUCGGGGCGAUUGAGCCUUGACAAGGAACCCCAGCUGUCACCGAAGAUCACCCGUCGUCGUCGGACCUCAACUGGAUCUGUGCGUUCCUUGCUCUCGGACCACUCUUCGCUCAUCUCCAGCCCUGACGUGCCGGGGCUACGGACUGCCUCAUCGAACGAAACUCCCAUCAGCGCCCCAUCUCAUCCUGAAGCCCCACACACCCUUUCACAUGGUGAUCACACUCUUAGAGAGGACCGUCUUCGUCGCUUGGAGAACCUCAAGCCCGACCUUCGGGUAACCUUCCAGCAAAAUCGGACUGUCAGUCUGCCUCUUGAGCGCUUUAUUAAUGAGCGAAUGGGGAUGGGCCUAGGAAGCGAGUCAACGGAUGCUCCGUCGAGACAGCCCAUCAAAGGCUCAAAUGCAUCUGUUGGCUUGCCUACACUUUCCAAGUCUCGAAACAAGAUCACGGAGCAAGUUUCAGUCGUGUCAUCGCAGGGACCACGUCUUCCCACGCGUCGCCCUCAACUUUCACGGGGCAAGUCUGCGUCCGACUUGCACGCUCAAAAUGAGAAGCUCAACACUGCUGAACUCAACCGGAAUGCAUUCGCCAGAAAUUCAUCUGGUCGGAUCAUGGACCCUCAGGCUCAGCCAAAGUCCCUCCGCUUGAGACAGCGAUUGACUGCUCAUCCGAGUCUUGAAAGUUUGGGCAUCAAGAGACAGGAACUGUCUUAUGUGGAGGAGCAUGAAUCAGAGCUCACCGAGUUCGGCUCCCGUGCCUCCUCGCCAACCAAGCAGCUGAGACAGCCCCGAGACCAAAUGGACGAACGGAUUAGCUCCAUUCUCAAUACACUCCCUGGCGGCCGCAUCCAAUUGGUCGACUCAAACCACGAAGCAGAUACCUCCUCUUCAUCCUCCUCCGUGGAUCGAAGAAUGCGAUACCGAUCAGAGUCACCCACUGGUCCUCCAACUCGCAGCACUACCCCUGCGCCGUCUUUAAUGUUGAUGCCUGCUGCUCGCCGACGUUCCCAUGCCUUCAAAACAGAAGAUAGCUGUGUCAAGCUAUAUCACCUCCACCACGGAGGCCAAUCCGCACCAACCAAGCUGUUCGUCCGCACCGUCGGCGAAACUGGCCAGCGGGUCAUGGUUCGCGUUGGUGGCGGGUGGGCUGACUUGGGCGAAUACCUCCGCGAAUACGUCAUUCAUCACGGCCGUCGCAAGGUGUCUGAGACACCUCGUGUCGAAGUGCAAGGCAUCCGAACUCGCUCCUCCCCAUCUUACUCCUCGCCAGGCGCCAUGCUCACUCCGGCUACUUCAACCUAUCUCACCUCCGGCCGGGCCACCCCCUCCCGGCCACAGUCUGUACUUAGUACGAGACCUCCUUCAUCACUUACCGUUCGCAAAACACGACGAAGCUCUAAUGCAUCGGAUAUCGCUGGCACCCGUGCAGUCACCACUGGUCAUCUACAUGCUUUCACCUCGCCUCCCCCUACCGUACCUCACGUCCCUGCCUCCGGUGGAAGACGCCUCUCAGUUUCCUCCGGCUAUUCGAUCGCAGAAUCGCAUUCACCGGCCAACAAUUCCAUCCCCUCCAUCCCCCAUGAAAACCGUGCCACUCCGCUUGGCUUGGCUGGCCCAAGGCCACGUGCACGAUACGCAUCCAUGAGCCCGGAGGGUGAAGCCUGGGUCGAGGACGUUCUUCAAAAGACUCGUCGUUCCAGCUCGCACAACCCGCCGCCUAUUGGACUUGGUCUGAUGGAGCACGACGACAGCCGAUCGGAGAUCGGAGAUGCUGGCAUCCGAUACUCUUUGCCUAAAGUGCGCAGCAUCGACGAGAUCGGAUCUAUUGGCACCAGCCGACGUGUCAUCUUGCGUGGGCUUGGGAGUCGCCGGCCAUAA